AUGGCUACUGAGAAUGAAGGCCUCACUUCAGAUGCAUCCUCUCAUCCCUCCACCCUCUCUAAUUUGAAUAUGUCAAAUGGUUCUUCAUCUCACGGCACUAAGGCUGUUUCUUUAGUCAGCAGCCACAAAUUCUAUGGCCAUAAUUACCUUCAAUGGUCACAGUUGGUGAUGAUGUACAUAGGUGGAAAAGGGAAGGAAAAAUACCUCAUAGGAGAGAUUGAUACUCCAAAAACAAAUGAUCCAAAGUAUAAAACAUGGAAGGCAGAUAAUCACAUGAUUAAAUCAUGGUUGAUUAGUUCCAUGAAUAAUGAUAUAGGAGACAAUUUUCUUCUGUAUACAACAGCCAGGGAGCUUUGGGAUGCUGUUAAAAACUCUUAUUCAAGCCAAUUGGACCUGUUCGAAUCUUAUUCCUGGAAGUGUGUUGAAGACACUGCUCUAUAUCGAAGCAUUGUGGGAAAAAGGAGAACAUUCAAAUUUCUUCAUGGCCUCAAUAAGGAUCUUGAUGCAGUGAGGAGUAGAAUCAUGAGUUCCAAGCCUCUUCCUCAAGUCAAAGAAGCAUUCUCAGAGGUUCGACAUGAAGAAAGCAGAAAGAAGGUUAUGAUGGGCUCUUCAAGUCUUCAAUCCACUCAAAACUCCUCUACCCGAGGACAAUUCCAAGGUGCUAAUCAAGAUAACCGACAACAGAAGGGACGUCCAUGGUGUGAUCACUGUCGUAGGCCUGGACAUUUCAGAGAAACAUGCUGGAAAAUUCAUGGAAAACCUGCCAAUUGGAAGCCAAAGUCGUGGAAAGACAAGGAGAGUCAUGGAAAUGUUGCUGCCACUUAA